AAUUGUUGUGAUAAACUUAUUAAAUAGUUUCAUUAAAAAUGGCAGAAGAACACGGAAGAAUAAAACACUUCAAAAAUAAGGGAAAAGAUAAUGACGAGCUGAGGAGACGAAGAAAUGAAUUCAAUGUAGAACUCCGUAAGAAUAAGCGCGACGAGCAUGUUCUCAAAAGAAGAAAUCUUCCCUAUGAUCAAAACCUUCUCAAUGCCGCCAUGCUGGAUGCAGAGGGUGAUCGCGACGCAUUUGCGCACAUGCAUGACAUCAUUGCGGGUGCAAGUUCUAGAGAUGCCGUACAAAAAUUAUGCGCUAUUCAGGCUGCGAGAAAGCUUUUGUCAAGCGAUAAGAAUCCGCCUAUAGACAAGCUGAUCAAAAGUGGAAUCAUGCCAAUCCUGGUGGAAUGCCUUAACGAAGACGAUAACCCACCUCUUCAAUUUGAAGCCGCAUGGGCUCUAACUAACAUCGCUUCUGGAACGUCGGAUCAAACAAAAGCUGUAGUCUUCAAUGGUGCCGUCCCAUUGUUUCUGAAACUACUGGGAUCCGUACACCAAAAUGUCCAGGAACAAGCAGUGUGGGCCCUGGGAAAUAUUAUCGGAGACGGACCUGAAUUGAGAGACUUUUGUAUUGAACAGGGUGUUGUGCAGCCUCUACUGAAGUUCAUUAAUGACGACAUACCAAUUGCGUUUCUAAGAAAUGUCACUUGGGUUCUGGUUAAUCUUUGCAGACACAAGGAACCCCCUCCGAGCAUCGAGACAAUUUUGCAACUGCUUCCAGCGCUCUACCUGCUCAUCAAUCACACAGACACAAGUGUGCUCGUAGACACAGUCUGGGCACUAUGUUAUUUGACAGACGGCGGCAAUGAGCAAAUACAAUUUGUGAUCAACUCGGGAGUGGUUCCAUUCAUUGUGGCACUGCUGAGUCACCAGGAGGUGAAGGUUCAGACGGCUGCUCUCAGGGCAGUGGGCAACAUCGUGACGGGCACUGACGAACAGACGCAAAUGGUGCUGAAUUGUGACGCACUCUCCCACUUUCCCGCCCUUCUCAAACACAACAAAGAGAAAAUCAAAAAAGAAGCGGCCUGGUUUAUCUCUAAUGUUACUGCGGGAAACAAGCAGCAAGUGCAACAGGUAAUCGACGGAGGUCUGAUUGAGCCGAUCAUUGUGCUACUGACAGAGUCAGAAUUCAGCACACAAAAGGAAGCCGCCUGGGUCAUCAGCAACCUCACAGUUUCAGGCACACCCGAACAGGUGGUCUAUGUGGCGAAACUUAAAGUGAUUCAACCUCUGUGCGACAUGCUGGCAUACAAAGACGCCACAGUUGUCCAAUGCGUACUUGAAUCCCUCUCAAACAUCUUGAAGCACGUGGGAUCUCUACCUGGAGGCAGUGAUGAGAUGACGAGAGACCACGUGACCAGUCAGAUUGAAGAGUGUGGGGGCCUGGACAAGAUAGAACAGCUACAGACACACGAGAGCCACGAGAUAUACUCACUCGCAUACAAGAUCAUCGACGAGUACUUCGGAGAAGGGCAGGCAGAAGGAUACCAAUUUGACGCCCAAUCCAUGGAAAUCCCAAAGUCAGGAUUCAAAUUCUAGAUUAAAAUCGAAGACUGCUCCACGAGACACAAUCAGCGAUACAAAACUUAUACCUGAAAGUUUAGAAAUUCAAUUACCUAGUUCAGUACAGCAUCCAUUCACAUGUUUCCAUCCAACAUAGGAAGUAAAAUUGUCCUGAAAGAAAAAUGUAGAUGAAGUUUCAAAUUCAUUUUAUUCAGUUUCUUUAUUAGGCUAUUUUCAACUGGCUAAAGAAAUGUGAACAAUUCUGAAAAAAUAUAUUUAUCAUAGAUUUUGAUAUGAAGUUUUGGAGAAUCGUUUGCAUAUUCUAAACGCACAAGCUGAUGUUUUUUGUAUUUAGAUGAGCGAAAUUUAUUGAGAUGAUACUUUAUUUUAUCCCAAAAUUAAUUGUUUUGAUUUUUACUGAUCUGGAUUAUAAUGUUCACUUUGGCUUUUCCAGCGACCACCUAAAUGUUUCAUAUGUAUCACCUUCCAAUGUGAAUUAGACAAAAAAAAAUGCAUGCGUAUAUAAGUAUUGAUAUGCUUUCAUGUUUCAAUCCCUAUGCUAACCCGUCUGUCUAAAUUUUCUCAUUUUUUCGAAUUUGUAAUUUUGAACCUUCCCCCUCAAAAAAAGUUUGCUCAAACAUGGUGCUGUUUUUAUUUUUUUCCAGAAAAUCGAUUUUGGAUUUUUUUUGAACGUUGUUUUUUGAUGCUUUUGACGAUUAAUGUUACAGUAGUCGCUUUAUUUUUCAUACAUGAUGUAAAUUUUCGUUUUUCAAAAUUGUCUCAUUUCUAAUUAAUUGUUCUUUCGCUAUCUUACUAUUUUUCUUCUGGAAUUAGAGUUUUUAGCAAGUAAUUCAACUAUUUAAUAGUGACACCGACAAAAAUGAAAUUGUUUGUGGCAAGGAUUAUUGGAAGUAGUGUGAAAACGUUUUGAUCAUAUGGUUGAAGUGGUCCUUGCAACAUUCAUAAUCUGACUCACCAUCAAGAAAUUUUAUUACCGUAACUGAUGAAUAUAAAUUAAUUCACGACGGGUAAUUCAAUUGAAAAAGAUGCUAUGAAAUUCAAUUUUGAUGAUAUGUAUGCUGAAUUAGUAUGAAAGUGUGCUCUUUUUCUGCCUCUCUAGAUGCUGUAGUUUUGGUUCUCUGCUGUUCACGUACAAAGUUCGUGAAAUGAUGACUCAAUAGAUUUUUACCAGGCCCA